AUGGAGGUUGAGCAGUCUGGAGACCUGACGUCGAGCUCGGGACAUCGGGAUUCGAUGGCGCUGCUGACUGAAGCAGCCAAAGUCAAGAUCCCAUUCAACCCGUCCGCUGGUGAAGUGCACCGACGAGAGCGAGGGGCGCCAUGGCGAGUCAAAUCGGAGGAGCAAAUCGCCACCUUGAACGCCCAUGCUAGAGAGGAACAACGAGAGAAGCGUCGGUGGGGGCUCGCCAAGCAGGUCCAGGACGGUCUGGUGCACAACUUCAACAUCAACUACGGUGUGGCGGAGCUCGCGACUUUGAUCAAAGAGGGCAUGGCGCUCAAGAGCGACCUACCACCACGCGAUCUCACUCCGCACGAGGUUGGGCAGGUCCAGUUCCUAGCAGCAGCGGAGAAGUACGACUUGAAGCAGAUCGUUCUGCUGCUGGACAAGUUCCCUAAAGGACGCGCAGCAGUAGGUAAACGACAGUGA